CCUAAAUACGGUCGCAUUACAAAUCCCUUGGUGUUCACUACACAAGUGCACUGUAUUGUAUGCCUUGUACAGUCUAUGUAGUGCACUCUUUUUAAAUUAGAGAUGCGUUUGGGAUUCAACCGGUGUAUCCAUGUGAAAGAAAUGGAGCGGAUAACAUAGUGAAGGGUCCAGCUGUAUUUCGGAUUAGUUUUAUCAACAUGAAUGUCUUCCUGAUGAGGUCACGUGAGAUGUUCAGGUUUCCUGCCAUCUUGGGCAGAUUUGUAUCACUUUCCCAGAGCAGGACUGCUAUCCAGAUUCCCAGAUCCACAAACCCAUGUUUAUUGAGCUGCUCAUGGUCUGGGAGAACCUUACAAGGCUCUACGUUUAACAGUGUUCGAUAUUUCUGUCAACAAGAAACACAUACGUUGAAUUAUAAUGACCAGACUGAGAGUCUAAGCCUGCAGGUUCCUGAUUUAGCAGCCUUUAAAACGGACCCGAGAGCCGCUUUCUCCCAGGAGCUCAAGGAGUGCCGGUCGCCUUCGGACGUGUUGGAUCUGGUGGAGCGGUGCAACGUGGCCCACUGGUGCAUCAACAGCAGCUUGACCCGGAUGUGGCACACUACCAAGACGAUAUCGGAUGAGCAGAGGCACUGGGAGCUCCGUCUCAUGGCCGAGCAUCCGACCUUCGAAAAGCUGUGCCACAGUGCCAGGAUCAACGCGCCGCGCAUGCGUAGCCACAACCUGGCGUUUACUCUGCGCGCCUUGGUCAAGCUCGGGGUCUGUCAGAGCAGCUACGUGGUGCAGACUAUCCUCCGUGUCAUCCAGGAACGGCUGAACGAGUUCGAAAACGAGAAGGCGCUCUCGGUCCUGGCCGCCUGCUUCGCAGAGAUGGAAAGCAGCAAAAACACCGAUGCGCUCAAACAGGGCUUAAAGCUUAUACUGGAGGAACGGAUUCCUACCAUCCAGAGCGUGAUGCUGCUCCACACCACCAUGCGCCUGUUCGGGAAAGACGCCUCGGCGGCCGUAAAGCAGAAGCUGGAGAAGAAGGCUCUGUCUAUGGUGGAUCAGUUCACACUGCUCAACGUGCAGUACAUGCUGGACACGUUGGCCGUCAUCCGCCUGCAUUCCAAACCACUGCUGGACAUCUGCAGCAAGAAGCUAGCUGAGAAUGUGCACAGCAUUUCCUUCACCAGGCUGAUGGCGAUGCUGAAGUCCUGCAGCGAUCUCCAAUACAGGAACUUGCAUCUCUUUACGUCCAUCUCUGAAUACCUGGCCAGCACGCUCCCCAUGUGGAACAACAAACAGGUGCUGCUCAUACUGUUGGAGUUUACGAGACUUCGGUUUCGGCCCAUCGCUCUGAUGGACGCGUUUGCCGAGAGAAUCAUCCAGAAGCCGGACAGCCUCACGCUCCGGGACCUGCAGGGCGUUCUGAAGUCCUACUCCUUCCUCAACCACCAUCUGAAGGACAAUCAGCAGGCAUUUCUGGAGAGUGUGACGCACGUUCUGCAGUCCUAUCUGCCCAAGAUGUCCAGCACGGACCUGCUGAAGGCCGUCAGCUGCCUCUGUGUGUUUAGACACUUCCCUCAGGCUCCUCUGGAGAAGCUGCUCCGGAAGGAGGUUCUGGAUGAGCUGCUAAAGGAGGAAAGUCCGUUUUAUGCACGACAGGAGCGACUGCUGCGGACGCUGGAUCUGUGUUUACGCCUGGAUGAUCCCGCCCUCCCUCUCUCUGUCCCGCCCUUCGCACUCCUCCAUCGCUCCCCUCCGCAGGGUCGCCCCGUGAACCCCGCGCUGCUCCUCACUCUGAAGAACCUGCUCGGGGAAGGAGCAGUGACAGACUCCGUCAUCGAAGAAGGACACUACUUCAUCGACUGUGUGGUCACGCUGCCUCCGAAAACAGAAGAAGAGCAAACCGCAAGGAUUGCGUUGCUGUGCGCCUCCCCGACCUCGUUCUGCUUUGGUACGUCGCAUCCCGUCGGCGCCGCGGCGCUAAACAUCCGCCACCUCAAGCUCCUGGGUUAUGAACCGGUCCUGGUGCCGAUGCAGGAGCUCGUGUCUCUGACCGCUGAGGAGAGGACUGACCUGCUGAAGAAAUUAAUUUUUCCCGAACAAGAAAAGUUCACGUGCGUCCAGGACUGUGAAGUGAAAUAAUUAAAAGCUGUGUCUUCUUUAA